UCAUUAUACCAAUAUCUCUGCUUAUUAGUGCUCUUUUUUGUCAUCGAAUUUAUUAGUGUUAGUGUGUGUGUGGCUUUUCAAUCCCAUCAUCAUUCAAUUAUUCAAGAUGAUGCACAGAAAUUCCCAAAGGCUCUUAUUGCUACUUCUCUUUCUGGGUUUCUCUUCUUAUCUUCUUCUCUCCACUUCUGCUGUCCCUGCAACCAGAACCCAGAAUUUGGAUGGUGAAGAAUCCGAAGAUGCAUCACUUCUACUUUCUUUAGCUAAGAAUAUGCAGAAAUUGGAAAAUAAUGUUGAGGAUGUGGUGAUUGAUGUGGAGGAAAGAUUCAUAAAUAGGAGGAUGGAUUUGGAAACACAAGACUAUGAAGGAACUGGAGCAAAUAAAGAUCAUGACCCCAAAUCCCCUGGAAGUGUUUAAUUAAUUCUCCCAAAAUAAUGCACAUUAAAUUAAUUAAUUAUUAGUUUAAUUUGCAACCCAUGGAAGCUGUAAAAUAGGAUCUCUAGAUACUUAAGUGUUUUGUCUGCUAAUGUCGUUAUAGUAUAUAAUAUAAAUAUAUAAUACAAUAUAUAUGUAUGGAGUAGUAUGGUUCUCUUCCCUUUGUUUAAUAGCAUCAAUUGUAUAAUUUUCUGUGUGCUUGUAUAAUAAAAGAUCAUAUGUAAUUUGUUA